CUCCCACUUCAAUGGCAAUACCGAGUUGUUAUGUUGUUCGGAUUGGUAUUUGAUAAUGGCGCCUGGAAUAGCAUGUCAGUUUUGCUGUUCCGGACCAUGUUUUCUGUUUUUGUUUGUAAUAUUAGCCAUUGUGGAUACAGCGGUCGGGGGAAAGCAGUUGAAAUUUGUCACGUUGCUUUAUCGUCAUGGUGAUCGAUCCCCUGUCAGAACCUUUCCCACUGAUCCCCAUCAGGAGAGUGCCUGGCCUCAGGGCUUUGGACAGCUCACCAAAGUGGGGAUGAGGCAGCAUUUCGAGCUGGGACAGACUCUGAGAAGACGAUACCGAGGGUUUCUUAAUGAAACCUACAGUCGGAGAGAGAUCUCGGUUCGCAGCACAGAUUAUGACAGGACUUUGAUGAGCGCUGAGGCCAACCUGGCAGGACUGUACCCUCCCAGUGGCAGUGAGGUCUUCAACCCCAACAUCACCUGGCAACCCAUUCCAGUCCACACUGUCCCGGACACUGAAGACAUGUUGUUGAGGUUCCCAUUGCCAGACUGUCCUCGUUAUGAUCUCCUGAUGAACGAAACUAAGAAAACGGAAACAUUUGUGAACAUGACGAAGAACAAUAUUAAAUUUUUGGAAAUGGUGGCCAAUGAAACUGGGUUGAAGGAUGUAUCUGUAGAGUCAAUCUGGAGCGUCUACGAUACUCUGUUUUGUGAGCAAAGUCAUAACAUGACACUGCCUCCUUGGGCAACGCUGGAGGUGAUGCAAAAGUUGAAGAAGCUGAAGGACUUUAGCUUUGAGUUCAUGUUCGGGAUCUACAAGAGGGAGCAGAAGGCCCGUCUCCAAGGAGGUGUUCUUCUGGGGCAUAUUGUAAAAAAUAUCUUGCAAGCUUCCAAUACCUCCUCCACUGAUCCCCUGAAGCUGAUGGUCUACUCGGCGCACGACACUACCAUUGUGGCUUUGCAGAUGGCGCUGGACGUUUACAACGGCAAACAGGCCCCCUAUGCUUCUUGCCACAUCUUUGAGCUGUACCAAGAAGAUCAUGGGGCCUUCACAGUAGGGAUGUUCUAUCGGAACGAGACCGGGAAAGAGCCGUACCCUGUGAAACUGGCAAACUGUACCCAGGACUGUCCACUUGAGGAUUUUAUUAGGAUCACGAAGUCUGUCAUUCCAGACGACUGGGCAAAGGAAUGUCAGAUCGGCAGCACGCACCAGGACACAAAAGUGAUCGUGGGUCUGGCGGUUUGCAGCUGCUUGCUCUUUUUACUGAUUCUGCUUCUGCUGAUUGUUCUAUGUCGGCAGAAAUCUCAGGCAGACGGGUAUCGGCACGUCUUAAACGAGGGCGAAAACCAAUCCUCACAGCACUCACACUUCUCGGAAAUCAAGAACUGUCAAGAGAGCAAGGAGGAUUUUUAAUUCUCCCAGGACAUAAUGAAAGGGAGCUAUGACAAGUUACUGAGCAAUUACAGAAUACAUUUUUUUUAAAAAUUGUAUUUUUUCAGCGUUCCACUUUCAUGGUGUCACAAUGAGUAUUUAUUUCUGUUGACUCUAGAAAAGCUAGAAAGGGAUGCUUGAUAUAUAGUCGCAGGACAAACACAUGGACCGAAUUCUUUGGGAGCCACUAAUGCUCUUGUUACUUACUGUGUCAUUGUCUGUAAAAAGAAAAAAUAAAUAAAUAAAAAUAAUAAUAAUUUUUAAUGCAA